AUAAAUAAAGUUGUUUGCUCUUAUUCAUAAUUAAGUUUCAUUUUCGCUUUUUGUUUACAAAUGGGGGAGAAUCUCGACUCUAGCUGUCAGAAAGUCUAUGUGGAAACUUUUGACGAUGAACAUAUUGUGAAUCUUGAUGUCAAGAUUAUUGGAGAACCAACUUUGGUUACUCCAGCAGAAGAGACACCAAAGGGUAUAUACUUCUUGUCAAACAUUGACAGGGGAGCUGACAUGAUUCAAACUUUUAAUUGUUUUAGAAAAACAAUCGAUGAAAAAAUAGAUGCAGCUCAAGCCUUAAAAGAUGGCUUAGCAAAAGUUCUUGUUCACUACUAUCCUAUUGCUGGACGUCUUAUUUUGAAUGAUAAAAAUAAGUUUGCAAUAGAUUGCACAGGCGAAGGUACUCUUUUUAUUGAGGCUGAGGCGGAUUGUACGUUGGAAGAGAUGGGUGACCUGACGCAACCCAAUCCUGCUAAGUUUAAGAAACUUGUUUAUGGCAAUCCUGGUCCAGUAAACAUACAUGAAAAUCCUCCUCUACUUGCGGUUCAGGUGACCAAAUUCAAGUGCGGAGGAUUUAUUCUUGGACUAAGCAUGAAUCACACAGUAUUUGAUGGAACUGGAGCAAUGGAGUUUGUGAUCUCAUGGGGUGAAGUUACGAGAGGAUUGCCACUAACGAAACCGCCGUUCCUAGAUCGAACCUUACUCAAAGCACGAACCCCACUGAAGACCCAUUUCAACCAUAUACUCGAGGAAAUCAUAGACAUAUCAAACACUAAUGCUCUUUGGGAGGAAGAAAAUCUACUUAACAAAUCCUUCAUUUUUCACCCCCACAAGCUAGAAAGACUAAAGAAAAAAGCCAUGGAAGAUGGGGUUCUGAAAAACUGCAGCACUUUCGAAGCACUUACUUCUUUCAUUUGGAGAGCGAGAACUAAAUCAUUAAGACUUCAUCCUGAUCAACAAGUAAGGCUACUCUUUCCUGUUGAUGCUCGGUCUAGAUUCGACCCGCCAUUACCAAAAGGUUACUUUGGAAAUGCAUUCGCAUUAAAGAACUGCCAAUGCAGCGUGAGUGAGAUUCUACGAAGUCCAUUGUCAUCAAUGAUAGAGCGAAUUCGACAAUUAAUUAAGUUGGUUACAGACCAAUACAUGAGAUCAGCAAUAGAUUCCUUAGAAGAAUACGAGCAUCCGUUACCUAAAGCUCACACCCUGUUUCUAAGUGUUUGGACUAGGAUAGGAUUCCAUGAUAUGGAUUUUGGUUCGGGAGGGCCUUUUUUCUCAGGCCCUCCAACUUUGCCAACAAGUGUAGUCUUUUUCUUGGCUCAUGGAGAAGAAAGGAAAAGCAUAAACUUGUGUCUAAGUCUCCCUGUUUCUGCCAUGAAGAUCUUCGAAGAAACAAUUACUGCAAUCGAUUAAAAUCGAGAGGAAAAUCUGUAAGAUUCCAUAUAUACACAAUAUUACAAAAAAAUAAAAAAACAAAGAUCUUGAUUUAAUAUUUGGUAUGCAUGAUUGUGUGUAAUCAAUUGCUCUUGUAUUCAAUACAACA